AAUUUCAUCGCUCAUCCUUUCCACCCUCCGACGGUGCAAAAAUCGCCUUCGCAAGAGCCUUCCGUCGGCGCCAUGGAUGGCUCUGCAACACCCUCCAAGAACCCUGAUGGGGCUUCCAAGUUCCUCAUCGAUCUUCCAUCCAAAGGCCUUUUCUCAUCCUCUGUGAUUUCUUCCAAUUUGGGUGGAAUGCAGGUCUAUGUAACAGAUCAUGAUACAUCACCCCCAGAAAAUCAGGUUAUAAAGACUGAUCAAGUGAACAUACUGAUUAGAUCCCUUCUGCUUAAGCAACAGCAAAAGGGUGGUGGACCAACUUCAAAGGGUGUUGUCGCAAAUGAGGGCUCAAGAAAGCGGGCCCCCGAAAGAGCUGCAGAUGGUAGGGCUUCUGCCAAGAGAGCAGCAUCAGCCACCCAAAAUGGUUCCCGGAAAGUUUUGCUUCCACUUCUCGACUACCUAGUGACCUUUUUGCGCCAUGUAGAGGGAUCAAAAUCACAAAUACCUGAAAAUCUCCAAAGGUUGACCGUAGAGAGACUUCGUGCACUUUUAAAGGAGAGAGGACUUUCCGUUAAGGGGAAGAAGGAGGAACUGAUUGGAAGAUUGAGAGCAGCUACUGCUGCUGCUAGUGGUGGUUUGGGAACCUCAUCUGCAGUCCAAUAAGUGGUAUCAAUUAUUUAGAUUUUUUUUUUCAAUUUUUGUGAUGUACAACUAUUUGAUGCACAAGAUGUUGUACAGUACAAGUCCAGUAAAGCCAAAAUGCCUUCGUCUAUGUUGUAAUAAUGCUAAGGAAGGUUGUGUUUAUAUCUAUUUUUAAAGGAUUGUUAAGAUAUUCAAAAA